AUGGAGCAAGAAGACGGCAAGAACGGUGCUGAGAAUCCUCCACAAGAGUCUUCUCAUCCUCAACCAUCAGAGAAAGAUGAUAGCAACAAGGAUACAACUGCUCCCGAAGGGUCGAGCGUACCAGAAUCGAGUGAGAAGAAAACUCCGAAAUCACUGAAGACGAAGUCUAAAAUCGUUAAGAAAUCUAGGGCUGGAAAGUUGAUCAAGGCCGUGAAUAAAGGCUCUCCACAGAUUGGACUGAAAGCACAAAACAAAAAAGUAGCGGGAAACAUUGACGAAGAAGCAUCUAAAGAGAAGAGUGAGAAAGCUAAAAAUAAUAAAGGAAAGGAAAUUCAAAAUGGGAGCACUAGUGGCAAAAGUCCUAACGGAAAGAGUGAGAAGGCUGAAAAUAUCGCUAGCGGAAAAAGUCCUAUUGGAAAGAGCGAGAAGGAUGAAAAUAAUGAAGAGAAGAAGAUUGAAAUAGGGAGCGCUAGCGGAAAAAGUCCUAUUGGAAAGAGCGAGAAGGAUGAAAAUGAUAAAGAAAAGGAAACUCAAAAAGGGAGCACUAGUCGUAGUUCAAGGAGACGUCGGGGUAGAAGAAACAAGAUGGCAAAGUUGGAUAACACUGAACAGAAGCCGAAGAAUGAAGAGAAUCAUAAAGAGUUAGACAAAGGUGGCAGGAGUAAAACAAACAAAAUCAAAAGCAGUGCUGGUGAAAAACCUGAAUCCAGCGAGAAAAAUAAAGAAAAAGUUGGCGGUUACAUCUUCAUGUGCAAUGCAAAGACAAAACCCGACUGUUACCGUUAUCGAGUCAUGGCUGUUCCAGUUGGUAAAAAAGAUGUUGUUUUAGGCAUAAAGCCUGGGACUAAGCUUUUUCUUUACGAUUUUGAUCUGAAGCUGUUGUAUGGAGUUUACAAAGCAUCGUCUUCUGGUGCUAUGAAACUCGAACCCCGUGCUUUCGGUGGUAACUUUCCUGCUCAGGUGCGGUUCAGUGUUGCUUCUGAUUGUUUCCCUCUGCCCGAGAGCAUUUUCAAGAGCGCCAUCAAAGAAAACUAUAAUGACAAGAACAAGUUCAAAACUGAACUUACUGUUCGACAAGUUAGGAGGCUCACUGCACUUUUCCGGCCAGUGGAUGUUCAUUCAGCCAUGCAGCCUGCCCGCUCUCCUCCGAAAGCAAUCAUUCGAGACAGGGAAGCUCAUGAUUCUGUUAGGGGAUCUCGGCCUCGUGUGCACAGGGAAACACAUAACGUGCUGUCUCAUGAAAGGAAUCCUCGAUCUGAGCGGAGAGAAGAAGCUCCUCCGCGUGAUUUAUUUCUUACUGAAAAGAGUUAUCGUGCUUAUGGUCUUCUAGGUGUUUCUCAAGCAAAUCCUGUACCCGAUCCUUACGAGAGGGGUUACGAAAGAGAGCGCCACCGUAACUUGGACCCUCCUAUUUACAGGAAAGACGAAAGGGAUUACGAAAGAGAGCGCCACGACAACCAUCACAUGGACCGUCCUAUUUAUAGGACAGACGAAAGGGAUUAUGAAAGAGAGCGCCAUCAUCAAUUGGAGCCUCCUAUUUAUAGGAAAGACGUUGAUCCUCUGCGUUUCAACGAGGAUGAGCGUCAGACCUAUUAUCGUGGCACAGCUCCUGAUCGCGCGGAUGAUCCGUAUCAUCCCUAUCGCUACGGAGCUUCUCCACGAGAUCCCUAUUUGCCACCUGUGAGAAGAGAGGAAAUACCUUCAAGGUCUUAUUUAGUUGGGGGAGGAGCUUUAAUCGGAAAUGACAACUUGCGAAGGGGAGAGCCUGUUGCAGAUGGUAGGCUUUACUCAACCCAUUCUGCUGCUAAUGCUUUGUCCGAAUAUAACCGGAUGCAGCGUUACCACGGAGAAGAGCUGGAAGCUACAACCGUGCCAGUUUCAUCUCGUUACUCAUUCGCGGGUCCUUCAUAUUCACUUCGCUAA